AUGGCAAAAAUCAUUGACCCAAAGGAUUAAACGUCGUUAUUAGUGUCUUAAACAUAGGUGGAAUUCAGUUCAAAAAAUUGUGUAAAGGUUUUCUUCUUUACAUGGAUAUAUCGGUUAAUGGCUGUAAAAAUAAUUUAAGCAAUUAAUAAUAGAUCGGAAAGAAUAAGCCUCUUGUUCAAACAGACUUAGUGAUCAUUGAUUAGGAGUCAAAUAUGUCAUCAUCCCAUUCAAGAUUUUUUGCUUUUUUCAAAAAAAAGAAUUUUAUAAAUUCUUUAUACUGCUCGUAUAAAUGUAUGUAAAUAUCUUAACUAAAGGUUUGAUCCUAUAUUGUGGAGUAUUAUACUUAAUUGUUUCUGGGUUAUCCUUAUGUAUGCCAAUAAUAACUUAGGAAUCUUAAAAAUAUUUUAUUUAUGAUCAACCUGAAGAUAAACCUUCUUUUUCAAGCAUGUUAUUGUUUGCAGCAAUUCAACUUAUUUAUAUGAUAACACUUUCUUUAAUAAAGCCUUAUUAAUUGUUUUAUUCUUCCCUGCUGAGUAUCAAAUAGUAAGGAGCAUUAUAAUAAGAAAUCCUAACAAAAACAUUGAAAUUUCCCAUAUUUCGUUCUCAACAUUAUUCAACAGGCGAACUAAUCAAUAUGCUGUAAGUGGAUAUAAAUUAGGCUGCAAAUUAUUUUUAUAAUGCUAUAAUUAUUUUUACUGUCCCGUUAUAGUUGAUAAGUGCUUUCAUAGUAAUAUUUAUCACUUUAGGAAAUCAAGCAAUAGUUCCAGCUGUGGGAGCAAUAAUAUAAGCCAUAAUUGGAUUGAUAUUUGGAUAUUUGUAUGGGAUUGUUUAAAAGAGAUAUAUGGUUGCAAAGGAUAAUAGAAUGAAAGCUGUUGAUGAAGCAUUAAUAUAUGCUAAGCAAGUUAAAUUGAAUUCAUUUGAAGACUUUUUUGAGGAAAGAGUAAUUAUUUAUUAUAAUAAUUAAUAGAUAAAAAAUUACAGAGAGAAGGAACUUCAAUAAUUAAGAAAUUAAGUACUAAUGAUGAUUACAAUUCAACUGAUUUAUGGGAUUGUAUAAAUAUCGACAUGGGAAUGCAUUUUUUAUUUUUCAAAUGAAGUUAAUUUUGGAACUAUGAGCAUCAUGAUGUAAAAUUAUUAAAGUAUACUCAACAUUCUCACAAGCUUGCCUGAUCAAUAUAAAAACUUCUAAAUUUCAAGAAACUCAAUGGCUAGAAUUGAUAACUAUUUUUUAUAAUAGGAUUGCAAUAUGAUUGAAAGAUCUAGUGAAAAUACAAAUUAUGCUAUAAAAAUAAAUAAUGGUAGUUAUUGUUGGAAAUCAAAUGAUUAAAUGAAUAAAGAUGUAAUAGAAAUAAAUGAUGAAAAUUAAGAAAUAACAGAUUAGAAUAUUUUUCAAAUUAAUAUAGAUCUAGAAAUCAAGAAAGGACAAUUUGUUGCAUUUGUAGGAAAGUAAAUUAAUAUAUUAAUAAAUACAGUUCUGCUUCUGGAAAAUCAACACUAUUGAGAUCUAUUUUAGGAGAGACUUAUAAAAAGUCAGGAAAUAUUUUAGUAAAUGGAACAAUUAGUGUGGCUGCUUAAGAACCCUGGAUUAUUAGUGGAAGUAUCAAAAAGAACAUUACCUUCAUGAAUUCAUUUGACAGUAUUAAAUAUAGAUAAAUUAUUAAAAUAUGUGGGCUAGAAAGAGAUAUUGCUUCAUUUAAGAAUGGAGAUGACACCAUUUUAGGAGAAAAAGGUGAUAAUUUAUCAGGUGGAUAAUAAAAAAGACUCAAUUUAGCUAGGGCUAUAUAUAAUGAUGCAGAUAUCUAUUUACUAGAUGAUCCUACUAGUGCUUUAGAUAUUAAAGUUAAAUAUCAAAUACAUUAGUAAUGCAUUUAAGGAUACCUUAAGAGUAAAACUAGAAUCUUAUUUACGAAUUCUUUAUCCAAUUUAUAAGAAUGUGAUAUGAUCUAUAUUAUUGAUAAUGGAAAAAUUAUGAAAUAAGGUAAGUUCCAUUAACUUGCUGGUUUAAAUGAUGAUUAAUAAUAUUCUUAAAAAGAAAUAAUUGACAUUUAAUUUGAAGAAAAACAUUACAAAAGUGAGGAUCCUGAAAAUCUAGAUGUAAGAUCCAGUUUAAUACAAAUGGAAGAUUAGGAAAAAGGUGAUAUAUCGAGGUCUGUUAUAAAAUAGGUCUUUGCAUACAUGGGAAAAUAUUUAGCUAUUUUAAGUAAUAUACUUUAUUUUGGUAUUGUCUUGGGUUGUUAAUUGAUUGGUAAUCAGUUUAUGGCCCAAUAAGAUCUGACAGAUCAAGAGUAUAGGAAAUUGGCUAUGACUUAUUUCCCUAUGAUUUAAUCACCGAUCAUUUUAGCAAUGGUACUGUUAAAUACAUAUUAUUUAUUAAUGGGUUUAUCCACAUCAAGGAAAAUUCAUAAUUCAGUAAUUUAAAGCUUGUUGAAUGCCUCCUAUACAAAAUUUUACAAUACAAUUCUUAUAGGAAGAUUGAUGAAUAGAUUAAGCAAAGAUAUAUACAAUAUAGAUUUGUUGUUCCCAAAUGAAAUUCAAAAUUUAACUAUUUAAGCAACAACUCUCUUACUUCCAUUAUUUGCUAGUUUUCUGUACUUGAAUCCUAUUGCAUUACCAUUAUUAAUUGUCUUUUUCAUUAUUCUAAUUUAUCUAACAAUAAUUUAUUAUAGAUGUUUAAGGGAAAUUACGAGAAUUGAAGCAGUCUCAAAAAGUCCUAUCUUUUCCUUUUUUUAACAAAUUGUUAGAGGAAUAACAUAUGUUCGAACAUGUUUACCAAUUGAAAAAAUAGUCAUUCAAUAGUAAAGAAAUGUGGAUGUAGAUCUAGGUAAUUAGAUCAAUCUAUUUGGCUUUCAAUAUUGGUAUUAAUCGUUGGCAGGAUCAAUAACAAACAUAUUUUAAGCAUUGUUAUUUAUUGUUUGUGUAUAUUAUUUAUUUUAUCAUAGUUUAUAUUUCCAGGAACUACCCAACAACUGACAAUUCUAGUAUUGAAUUAAAUGCAAACAGCAUCAUAAUUGCUUUUAAACUCUACCAUAUCUUAUGGGAACAUUUAAAUGUAUCUUAUUAGUUUCGAAAGGUGUUUGCAUUUGGCUAAGUAAAUUUUAUAUUGAUUAUUAAGUAAAAUUGAAUAAGAGAACAGGGCAAUUUCUUUGGUAACCCCAAAUGCUAAUGAAACUGAUAGUAGUGAUGAUAAACAAAAUAAUGAAGACAAUAUCGUAUUGCAAUUAGAUAACUGUUCAUUUUAAUAUAGACCAAAUUCUAAGUGUGUUUUAUAAGAAUUAUCAUUAAUAUUACACAAGAAAGAAAAAGUAUUUAAUAGCGUAAACUUUAUAGAUUGGUGUGGUUGGAAGAACUGGAGCUGGAAAAAGUUCAAUUAUUUUAGCUUUAACUUAAAUUCUUGAAUAAACAGAGGGGUCAAUAAAUAUAGAUAGAAAAAAUAUGAAUUGUUAUUCCAUUAAUGAGUUAAGAUAAAAGUUUGCAAUUAUUCCUUAAGAUCCUCUUAUUUUUAUGGGGACACUAAAACAAAAUUUGGACCCUUUGAAUAAAUUUGAAGAAUCCCAUAUUUAGGAGAUUGCUCAAUAAUGUGGCUUAUUAGAAAUGCAGAGUUUUAAAUAACAAGGAUUGCAGAGUGAAAUUGCUUUGACUGGCAGUAAUAUAUCAUUAGGAGAAAAAUAAUUGUUGAACAUUGUUAGAUGUAUUUUAGAAAACAAAAGUAUUGUUUUAGUAGAUGAGGCUACAUCUAAUAUUGAUUCUAAAAUAGAGGAGCAUGUUAAAAAUGUAUUUAAUUGUUUAAUUAAAUUAGUUAUUUGAUACGUAUUUUCAGAAUGUUGCUAUGAUAUCAAUUGCUCAUAAAGUGACUACUAUUAUGAAUUCGGAUAAAAUAAUGGUUUUAAAUGAUGGAAGAAUAACAGAGUUUGAUCAUCCAUAAUAAUUGCUAGCUAAUCCAAAUAGUGAAUUUAAAUAAAUUAUAGAAUUAAUAAAGAAUUCGGAGGAACUUUGA